AACCGCAUUAUUAUUUUUAAUACGUGUUUUAAUUAAGUAGUAUUCCGACAUCAGAAGUGGGAUUUCUUCCACGGCGAACAGUUUAGUAGUGUCAGUUUUAGUGUAUUAAUUAGUGUGUGAAUAGUUGAAAAAAAAAAAAAUGCCACGAAUCUCCCGAUCACGUCAACGUAGCAUGGACGAGCAUGACGAUGGACGUCGAAGACGCCGUAGUCGUAGCGAGCGUCGGCGGCGGUCGACUCAGGAGAAGGACGCUAGAUGCGUUGCACGACGCAGUACUCCAAGAUCGCCGUCGUCAACAAGAAAUAGACGGCGACAGGUAGUGGAGCAAUCACCAUUAGCACGGCGUCAAUCGCUAGACCGACGUCGUUCUGGGGAAGAGUGCGGAACCACCACCGUUUCAAUGUCAGUGGCGGAUCUGUCCGAGGCAAUUGCUCAAGGUAUGGACAGGAUGGCAGGUAAACUAAGCAGGCAUACCGGGAACGAGCAAGUACUGUCCCAGUUUCCAACCGAGUGGGACACUCGUUCGUCAGGAAAGGCCGUGUUAGCGGAAUCAGGGAUGAAAAUACCGCCAUGGCUCGGACGAGUUCGUAUUGGGUCGGAAAUGGGAACAUGGGACACGGGACUGGAAGUACUGGAGCCUGGAGCACUGUGUUUUUAUCGCUGAAGUGACAAACAUCAUCCCCUUGUUAGCCUCAACGAAUAAACCGCAUUAUUAUUUUUAA